AUGGCAGACGAAGGCAAGAAGCGCAAGGCGAACGAGAUCGCCGAGGAUGCCGACGACAGCAUCGAAGAGGCCGAAGCACCGGAGCAGCAAGUGGAGGUAGUGGACCUCACAGCCGAGUCAAAUGACGGCGGCGGAGUGGCACCGAUCGAGGACGCGGCCGACGGCUGCCGACUUGGUGAAAAGCGCCGUGCAAACAGUUCGCACCGAGGCGUGCAAAAGCUGCUGGAGCAGCACUUGGCACGGGAGGAGGCCGCCAAGAAGGCAAGAGCGGCCGAAGAGGUGAAGGCGAAGGCAAGGCGCGCCGAAGAGGCCAAAGCAAUCGCAGCGGCUGAGGCGAAGGCGGCGGACGAUGCAGCCAAGGAUGCUGCGGAAGCAGCGGUGAAGGUGACCAGCGAAGGUGUGACUGGGACACCUUCAGGCGAUGGGGGACAUCCCAACGCUAUGGGCGUGAACUUGGGGUGUGUGCGCGACGUUACGCGCCAUUUGACGGUGGUGCGCGAGUUCGAUGAGACUCGCGAGGAUUGGGGAUACCAGACGGCCAAUGCUGCCAGCAUGCCUCUUGCACGACUCGAACACGACAUAGGGCUCCUUCUCGCGCCUGAAAACGACCCACUGGUUGCGGUGAUCCGUAAACAGACAGAAACCACCCGGGCGUACGACCACGCCGGCAGAAUUUGUCCACCCGACGUCCAAGGAAGUUUCGCGGCGGACUGGCUUGGCGCUACCCGUCACAAACAUGUGACGGACGUCCAAGUAGCGCUCGAAGAAAUACACCACAACGUGGCGGUGCGAGGCGACAACUUGCGUCAGCAAGUGCGCGGACGCUGCGACCGAAAAUACGAAGUCAAGUUUACAGGUUUUUCGGUCAGCGAUUUUGUGCUCGUCGGAACUGUCGUCAAACGUCCGACAAAGAUGGCCCUGGAUUGGCGCAGACCCUGCCAAGUGACCAGAGUAAUCACAGGCCAUAUGAUGGUGCCACCAUAUGAAAUCAAGGUCCACCAUGCGUGCCGACUGAAGAUGUACCAAGAAGAUGGUAGAGAGGUGACCGAUGACCUUCAGGCGCAGAUCGCGUUUGUCGAUGGCGGAUUUCACGUGGAGUGCCUGGACGAAGCGCGAUGCAUGCAUGGCCAGCAUCAAGUUUUGGUGAAGCGACUCGGACUUGACGAUGAAGAAUCGUCCUGGGAACCUCCGGCGAAUUUGCUGGACGACAUUCUAGUCGUAUUUCGCAAGUGGACGGCGGCCAACAAGGAAGACCCUGCCGUGGCUGCCCUCAUCAAGACACUGGAAUUCCCGUAG